UGGUUUGUAAAAUCACGUGACCUGGCCGGUUUGACACGCGCUCCGAAACUAGAUUCGAAACAAAAGAUUCGCAAAUGUUUCGAAGCUUCGUGAAGCAGUGUUUCGAACGCGCCCGUCACUACUUGAAGAAGGAAGAAGAGGACAGCCUCAAGACUACCGCUAUGGCCAUAACUUUGCUCAGUACUCUGGACUCAGUGAUUUUAGCUAAAAUGAGCAGCUCGCAGUACCUGUGAGUCUACAAGCCCAGUGACGAUCUCACUGCUUGUUUUUCAUUCUGGUUCCUACAGGUGUCUCAAGAUCCUUUUGAUCUUUCAGAAGAUCUCUCAGCAUAAAUAUCCAGCUUCUUAUUGUAUCACUUGACCUAACCUCAGAGUAGCAGCACAAUGAGUGACUCAAAACGCAAAGGAAAGGAUGCCCUCAACAGUCUGUCUAAUAGAGAUACAAUUGAGCUCCCAGAUGAUCUUUCUCUGAGCGACUCUGACUCCGAUGAGCCCUCUGAGCAUUUCAGCAGAAAGGUUGAGGACUUGUCAUCGUCCUCAGAGGAUGAAGACGAGACUCCGCAGCAUGUCCAGUCUGUUCCUCAAAAAAAUCCCACCUUCAGUCUGACAGGUGGGAGCUCUGGUUUCUGUGAUCGGAGCAAGGACAUCUUUGCACAGUUGGAUUGCGCUGCAAAGCUCACGUCUAAAGAUCUAGGUGAAGACAACAUUCUUGAUGGCACGUUCGCCCGUCCUGCUCCACCGUCACCUCCACAGGAAGCUCAAAUGAAGUGUGGUGGCCAAGAGACAACCAAAAAACAACCUCCAGGUAAACAACUCCCUGAUUACCUUGCAAACCCUGAGCGUUGGACCCACUACAGUUUUGAAGAUACUGCUGAUACCAGUGAUAGAAAAAAUAGUCAGAUCGCUUCUCAGUUUAUACAAGGUCUUCAAGACAGCAGAAGGUCCCAGAAAGAUGUGCUUGAGACUUUCACUCCAGCUUUCAACCAGGAUCAUGGCACCCCCAGUGAGAAUAAGAUUGUGUUCACUAAACCCAAGAUUAAAGAUCAAAGUGGGAGCAAACUUGAUCAUGCCAAGAAGGAAGAAGUUGAACUUCAACACCUGGAUGACAGACAAGAGGCUGAUGAAAGAGAGGAUGGUCCUCUUCAUGUGGAGUAUUAUUCAUGGUAG